AUGAGCUACUCUAAUUCCCACAGUAGUUUGGGUUCGCGGUAUUCCCCGACCAGCCAGUAUGAACCGCGCGGUCUGGUUGCUCGUGCAGGCAACGCGGCCUAUUCUUACGUCCGUGACUCGAAGAACCAGACCGGUGCUGGUUUUGGAUAUGGACGUUAUCCCACUUUGUCCUGGCAAAAGGCGAAAUCGCUCCUCCGAGCAUCAUUCUGUGUUGCAAACUUCCUAGCUGUGCUAUGGAUACUUACCUUGUGGUGGGGCGAAAGGACGGUUUUUCGAGACCAGAUUUCACAAUGCUACUGGGAUUCUUGGGAGAAAUGGCCUGCCGGGGCAACACCCCAUCAUGUCGUAUUCAUCGCCGAUCCGCAACUCGUUGACCCUCAUACGUACCCAGGCCGUCCCUGGCCGCUAUCAACGCUUACCGUCAAGUUUACAGACCAGUACCUACGUCGAUCUUUCUCCCUCAUUGAAGGAUAUCUCAACCCGGACUCUGUUUUAUUCCUGGGCGACCUAUUCGACGGCGGUCGGGAGUGGUCAACACUUACGAGUGAGUCUCCAGAGGAGCAAUAUCGGAAAUACGGAGACAGUUUUUGGUUAAAAGAGUAUAAUCGGUUUUCUCGCAUAUUUUUCGACCAAUGGAAUAAAGGCGGUGUUCCAGCAACUGGGGAGCGUCGAGGUCGCAAGAUGAUUGCAAGUUUACCUGGAAACCACGACCUCGGCUUCGGAAGUGGUGUGCAACUUCCUGUUCGGCGACGCUUUCAAGGAUACUUUGGCCGUGGUAACCGCGUUGAUAUCAUAGGCAAUCACACCUUUGUUUCUGUGGAUGGCGUUUCUCUUUCGGCGAUGGAUCAGCCCGAUCCUGAGACUGGCAGUACUGGAAAUGGAGCUGGCGAUGGUCAUCAGCCGAAUCAAGCAAUUUGGGGUCCAACACAGCAAUGGCUCAAGGGUGUCAAAGAUUUGAAGGCUCGUCUGGAAACAGAAGAGCUUCGGUCUCUACGGAAUCAGACUGAAGGUUUCAAACUCAUUCAGGGUCUUUAUGACACCUCAACAGAUACCGUUCUUCAAAGAGCUCCUAUUGAAUCGCAGGGAUUCCCAACUAUCUUGCUCACCCACGUACCACUGUUUCGAAAGACUGCAACGCCAUGCGGUCCUUUACGUGAACGUUAUCCACCCUCUUCUGUAGAUCCUCUGCCCGAAGAAGACGAGGACAAUGCACUGAAAAUUUCUGGUGGUUAUCAGUAUCAGAACGUUCUGACACCGACCAUCUCAAAUGAAAUCAUGUCAAAAAUCGGUCCUGAAGUCUCUCAUAUCUAUUCCGGAGACGAUCACGACUAUUGUGAGGUUACUCAUCGGGAAUUCAGUGGAUCACCAGUGGAGAUCACCGUCAAAAGUUUAUCAUGGGCAAUGGGAGUACGACGUCCAGGGUUCCUGAUGACCACGCUCUGGAACCCGAUUGACCCGAAUACCGGGAAAGCUCUCGAGGAGACGUCGCAGCCAACGAUUCAAAACCAUUUGUGUCUUCUUCCAGACCAGUUGUCAAUCUUUAUAUAUUACGGCAUGAUCUUUUUCGUUACGAUCGUCAUCCUCGUCAUCCGAGCCAUGGCAGUUACGUUUAUGUCAUUUGGCAAAGCCUCGGAUUACGAGCCCACGUUACCAAUCAGCGAACUUCCAGCUCAUUCCCGUACGUCUAGCCGUGCAUCAAACCCUCCAUGUAGCAGUGUCACCAGUGCAACAUUAGGGAAAGAGCCUCGACGAGCUAAUCGCUCAAAUUCCAUCUUAGCGGAAUCAACCUACCGCAUCGAUGAAGACGUACAAAAAAGCAGUCAACGCUACGAUGGCUGGAAAAAGGGCGCAAAUGACUGGGACGACGAUGAUAGAGGAACCGCCAAACUCUUGUCAUACAAUCGUCAAUCGGGCCGUGAAUGUGUUGGGCCCUCAUCCAGCACUGGUCGAUUUGCGGUUGAAUUGAAGAACAGCAUCAAGCAUGUUGCUAUUAUAGUCCUUACGUUUUAUGCUUGGUUACUGUUGAGGUGGUGA